AUGGCUUUCCUUUGGAUUCUCUCUUGCCUGGCCAUCCUUGGCACAGCUUAUGGACGGAACUGUGGAGUCCCAGCCAUCACUCCAGUCAUCACAGGCUACUCAAGAAUCGUGAAUGGUGAAGAUGCAGUUCCAGGAUCUUGGCCCUGGCAGGUCUCCCUGCAGCAAAUGAAUGGCUUUCAUUUCUGUGGUGGCUCCUUGAUUAACGAAAACUGGGUUGUCACUGCUGCUCAUUGCGGUGUGAGCACAAGACACCUUGUCAUCAUUGGAGAUUACAACAAAUGCACAGAUGAUGGAAAAUCUCAGGCCAUUUCAAUUGCUCAGGCCUUUACUCAUCCUGACUGGAAUCCGAGCACCAUUAACUACGACAUCACUCUUGUGAAGCUUGCAUCUCCUGUCACAUUCAGUCAGUUUGUGUCCCCUGUUUGUCUUGCUGGUGCAUCUGGCAAUUUUGCUGCUGGCAAACUGUGUGUCACUACAGGAUGGGGGCUGACCAACUCGAAUGCCUUUUUUACACCAUGCACUCUGCAGCAGACGUCUCUCCCCCUCUUGAGCAACGCUGAGUGCCAGAAUUACUGGGGAAAUAUGAUCUCUGAUGUGAUGAUCUGUGCCGGUGCCGCUGGUGCUUCUUCCUGCAUGGGUGACUCAGGUGGACCACUUGUCUGCCAGGAGGGAGGAACCUGGUAUCUAGUGGGCAUCGUUUCCUGGGGAAGUGGCAAGUGCUCCACGAGAAUGCCUGGAGUUUAUGCCCGUGUGACUGAAUUCCGGCAAUGGGUUGAUCAGAUACUUGCUUUGAAUUAA